UAAAAUAUCGAAAAAAAAAGGAGAAGCGGUAUAAUGUGUGCGAGUGAUCCCUCCCCCUCCCCAGGAAGUGGAAAGGGCUGAGCUGUUCCUGCAGGCUGAAUAAAGCAGAUUUAAUUCACUGCUAUCCUGUGCCUGAACCCAUCAGCAGCUUAUUUGCGCUUUGUGCAUCGGUGUUGUGACUCUGCGUCUGUACAGAUGCAAUAGGAGACAGACACGGUCAAGGGAGAAUGUUACCAAGCUAAUCACUGCAGUAUGAACACUUUAAAGAAUAGCCUCUUCGACCUGCAGAUACUCCAUAUUGAAUAAUACUCUGGGAAGAGCUCAGAAUACAAACUCUUUCUUGACUACGAGAAAUAAUGAGAUGCCUGAUGCCUUGAAGAACAGAUUGAAACGCGGGGAAGCCUUUGUGCACCUUAAGAAUCCCCGAUCAUGAUCCUCGUUCUUGGUAAGAAAUUGAAAUGACCAAUACAGAAUGAUUUAACCAUAAUGUAGUGGAAGGAUUUAGCCGUGUUCCUUGGAGCUUAUCAAGUGUGUGUUCUGACGGCUACACCGGCACAGGGCCAGUUAAGAUUGAAGAGAUCUCUGCCUGGAGUAGAGCACAAAGAAAGGACGGGACUCCCACAUCCUUCUGUGAGAAUAAAGGAUUCAGUCUGCCAGAUUAAUACAGCCCUCUGUCUGCUGCCCUUUGUGUAUGAAAGCUGCAUUUAAAGAGAUCGUUUAAAAAAAAAAAAAAAAAAGUGUUCUUUGAUGAGCUGUAGGAUGAGAAGCUGUUGGUAACAGUCAGAUUUCAACUCAGCUGCUAUUGUUUGUGCUUGAUGCACAUGUUUCUGCACAGUGCGUAUAGGAAACAUAAGAAGGGAAUCCAAAACGGCUGCGGGGGAACAAUUGCCAAACAUGCCUACAGAAACACUACAGACAGGUAGCAUGGUGAAACCUGUCAGCCCAGCAGUUACUUUCACAUCUGCUGUUCCCCUCCGAAUCCUCAACAAAGGACCCGAUUACUUCCGUAGGCAGUCCGAGCCUAAUCCUAAAAGGCUCAGUGCAGUGGAGAGACUAGAAGCCGAUAAGGCGAAAUAUGUCAAGAGCCAAGAGGUUAUUAAUGCCAAACAAGAACCUGUAAAGCCAGCAGUCCUUGCAAAACCUCCCAUUUGCCCCGGAGCCAAAAGAGCUCUCAGUAGCCCAACCAUGAAGAUGUUUAACAAUAAUGCAAAGAAUGAAAGCUGUGUACAAAGAGAGAAUUUAAAGCUAGAAAUACUUAAAAACAUUAUUAACAGUUCCGAAAGCUCUAGUACAGGUUCAGCGCAUAAACAAAGUUCCCGAAAUUGGCCUCCAAACAGGUCUGACUCUGCUGACCUUAAUCGGCAUUCUUUUGCGGAAUCCUUGAAAGUCUACCCUACGCAAACACACAGUAGCCCUCAAGACAGCAACUCCAACAUCAGCAGGAGGUUUCUGGAAAAGACGACCAAUACUUUUUUACAUGUUUCUCACAGUUCUUCAGACAUUAGGAAAGUGACCAGUGUGAAGCAGAUAAAAGCAAUACCUUGCAGCAGCUCGGCCCCACCGCUGCCUCCUAAACCCAAGCUUGCCCCUCUUUCUACCUUAAAGUCACCAGAGAAUGACAAUUUGGAUUCAGGAUGCGGCGUCAGUCGGAGACCAUCGCUGCAGCGGUCCAAAUCGGAUUUAAGUGACCGUUACUUUCGAGUCGACGCAGACGUGGAGCGAUUCUUUAAUUACUGUGGACUGGAUCCUGAAGAGCUUGAAAAACUUGGGAUGGAGAAUUUCACAAGGGCUAACUCCGACAUCAUUUCUCUAAACUUUCGCAGCGCAAGCAUGAUCAGCUCAGACUGUGAGCAGUCUCAGGACAGCAACAGUGACCUUAGAAAUGACGACAGUGCCAACGACCGCGUCCCCUAUGGCAUCUCUGCCAUUGAAAGGAAUGCCAGAAUCAUUAAGUGGUUGUAUAGCAUUAAGCAAGCCAGAGAAUCACAGAAAGUGUCCCACGUGUAAGAGGGAGACGGCCGCCAUGCAACGAGAGAGACUAAAACUUGUGUCUGUGAAUAGUCAGUUGUGAAGGGUUGUUAAGUCUACUUGAAGUCUUGUAAACUUUUCAGACUGCUCUGUGUUGCUUGUUGUGCAAUGUUUUCAAGUUGCAUGCCUGUCAACAGGUAAACCGACCUGGCUUCCACUUGAACGAUCACUACAAAGCCUAGUUUAAUAUGCUCACUUGCUGCCAAAAGUUUAAGACCCAAGUCAGGUUGACGGCUUUGUGUUCUCCUUAAUGCUACACUGUUUACAUGACAAUGAAGGGUAGAUCUCAUUUCCUUUCUUAUUUUGUCUGAUACACAAAUACACUUAUUCAUUGGUUAAUUAUAUUUUAGAGAUUUCAGUUGCAAACUGUCAGGUGUUUGCGUUCACAAAAGUUUUGUUUUUUUCGUUAUUUAAAGCACACUAGUAAUAAUAUAUUUAGUCCAAAAGUAGUUUCAUUUUAUCUUCUAAUUGUUCUUUUCUACCUGGACAAUCUUCAUUAAAUAGGGCUUAGUCUAGGACAGAAAAAAGGCAAGCUUUGGGCUCUUAGUGUUGGCUGAACUAAGUGGUAAUGGUCACUUCACCAAGUACUUCAACCCAUAGCAACCAACCCCAUUGGACUGUACUUUAACCAUAGUACCAACUCCAUUGGACUGUUUAGAGCUGAUUGGGUGCUAUGGGUUUUAGGACUACUGUAGGGCAUCCAUGCCCCUGGCUGGUGAAUGAAUCUGCUAGGAGUUGUAGCCCGGCAGUAGAUGGAGCCUCACAGGUUGAUAAUUAGAAGUAUAAAGGUCUGCUGGUAGAACUGUUUUGUUUAGUGAAUUUUUAGUAUGCAAAGAAAUCAACGUUGCAAACUUAGUAAUAUAUAUUUUUAUAGAGGUAUUAUUUCCUUGUCUUAAACUUUUGACAAACUUCUGUGAUACAAUGUAAAAACUUCUAUGAGUUGCCUUCAAUGGAGCGAAUCAUUCGAGCCCCGCACGAUCAUUCUUCAACCUGUCGAACAGUCUGUGAACAAGACUAAUGGAAACUCACAGCCAUAUCAGUAUAAACGAGUUGGUUCCCAAGUCCCGCCACUAGCGGAACCCCAGCCGAAGGAGCUGUAUUCAUUGGCUUGUAUAUGUUACACCUGUCUGAGGUUUGUUUCACUUGCCUUCAGGGCUGGAAUUAGAGAAGAGGGGGGGCCAUGAAAUCUGGGGACCUAAUUUUGGGGGGAGAAAAAUGUGGUUCCACUUCCACCAAGUUGAACGAAAUAAAUUAAAUCUAUCAGUUAUUACACAAUAUUUUGCCAGAGGUAUUUUCGUGCCCGUGGCAGACGCCCUCUCUUCGCUAUGUAACACCAGCCCUACGUGUGAUUACUGUAGUAUUUACCAUAGCAGUGUUUUCUGCAAGCUGGCUGCCUAUCCCUACUCGCUUUUGUUGUUUUUAACUAGUUUAUUUUCUGCUAAUUUUUAUUAUUGUAUUCUUUUUUUUUUUUUUUUUUUUUGAGUCUGUCUUCCCAGUCGGCAGUCAGCCCAUGUCAGGCCCCCGCCCGCACUAUUUCUUCCUAACAAACAGGAAUGACCUGAAGGUACAGCGUCAGCUACAUUGUUGUUCCAGUAUCCGUGCUUUGGAGUCGUUGCAGUACUUUGUACACUUCAGCAGGCCGAGACCUUUUUUUAAAUGGUGUAAAUGCUGUAAGGAUUUGUACAUACUUCAUUUGCUAUUGAAUCUUUGGGAAAAAAAGUGUUAUGCUAAUAAAUAGCUCUUGAUGCACA